UCCCUUUUAGAGAGAGAGACUAAUUGGGUCGAGGGUCGAGGGCGAAGGGCCGAGAGUCGAGAGUUGAGGGAGAGAGAUGUGGAAGUUGAAAUUCUCGAAAGAAUGGGAAACCAGCGAGAACAAUCAUAUAGGAAGACAAUAUUGGGAAUUCGAUUCAAAUCUUGAAUCCUCUGAGGAAGAAAGAGUUCAAGUGGAAAAUGCCUACAAUGAAUUUCGCCAGAAUCGUUUUCAAGUUAAACAGAGUUCUGACCUUUUAAUGAGACUUCAGCUAAAAAAGGAGAAUGGAAGUAAGGGGAAGUUACCAAGUGAAAUAAAAAUUGAGAGUGAAGAAGAAAUAAGUGAGGAAGCAGUUGAAAUAACGCUGAGAAGGGCAAUCAGAUUCUACUCAACUUUGCAGACACAACAUGGCUUCUGGCCCGGUGACUAUGGCGGCCCUCUGUUUCUUCUUCCUGGCCUGGUGAUUGGGUUAAGCGUGACGGGAGCCUUUGAUGCAGUCCUCUCGUGCCACCAUCGAAAGGAGAUUUGUCGCUACCUUUAUAAUCAUCAGAACGAAGAUGGAGGGUGGGGAUUGCAUAUAGAAGGGAGCAGCACAAUGCUCUGUACGACUCUGUCAUACGUCAGCUUGAGAUUGUUGGGAGAGGAAAUGGACGGUGGCGAUGGAGCGUUGGGUGAUGCAAGAAGAUGGAUUCUGGAUCGAGGUGGGGCCACCUCCAUCCCCUCUUGGGGGAAAUUCUGGCUCUCCGUCCUUGGCGUGUAUGAAUGGGAAGGAAACAAUCCGCUUCCACCUGAGAUAUGGCUCUUGCCUUACUUUCUUCCCUUGCAUCCAGGAAGAAUGUGGUGUCAUAGUCGAAUGGUGUACUUGGCAAUGUCAUAUUUAUAUGGGAAGAGAUUUGUAGGACCAAUCAACUUCAUCAUAAUGAAUCUUAGGCAAGAACUUUACAUACGUCCUUAUCAUACUGUUGAUUGGAAUCAUUCUCGAAACCUAUGUGCUAAGGAAGACUUGUACACCCCACGUUCCAAGGUACAAGAUAUGUUAUGGGAUUCAAUUCACAAGUUUGGGGAACCAUUUUUGAAGAAAUGGCCUCUCACAAAGCUCAGGCAAAAGGCUCUUGACCUUGUGAUGAAACACAUUCACUAUGAGGAUGAAAACACUCACUAUCUUUGUCUUGGACCUGUAAACAAGGUGCUAAACAUGGUGUGUUGUUGGGCCGAGGAUCCAAACUCAGAAACAUUUAGAACACACAUCUCAAGAAUCAAAGAUUAUCUUUGGCUAGCUGAGGAUGGAAUGAAAAUGCAGGGAUACAAUGGAUCUCAAUUAUGGGACGUAGUUUUUGCCGUACAAGCUAUAGUUGCAACUGAUCUAGUUGAAGAAUAUGGUUCAACACUGAAGAAAGCCCAUGAUUUUAUAAAAAACUCACAAAUGAGGAGAAAUGGGGUUGGACAUCCUAGUGAUUGGUACCGCCACGUGUCAAAGGGUGGAUGGUCCUUCUCAACUGCCGACAAUGCCUGGCCUGUCUCUGACUGUACUUCCGAAGCUUUGAAGGUAGUAGUUUUGCUAUCACAAAUGCCAUCUACAACCGUGGGUGAGCCGAUAGCGGUAGAUAGAUUAUAUGAUGCUAUUGAUUUGAUUCUAUCACUUCAGAAUUCCAACGGAGGAUUUGCAUCAUAUGAACUUACAAGAUCCUAUCCAUGGCUGGAGAUGUUGAAUCCAACUGAAAUAUUUGGAGAUCUCAUGAUUGACUAUCCAUAUGUGGAGUGUACUUCAGCAGCAAUUCAAGGACUUAAAGCAUUCAUGAAGCUGCAUCCAACUUAUCGCAAGAAAGAGAUACAAACAUGCAUUUCCAAAGCUGCCAACUUCAUUGAAAGCAUCCAGCAGCAUGAUGGAUCAUGGUAUGGAUCAUGGGGAAUUUGCUAUACAUAUGGCACAUGGUUUGGGAUCAAGGGAUUGGUUGCCUGCGGGAGGACCUAUGAUAACAGCAAAAGCAUAAGAAAGGCAACUGACUUUCUUCUUUCCAAACAACUUAAAUCUGGUGGUUGGGGAGAGAGCUAUCUCUCAGCCCAUCACAAGGUGUACACCAAUCUCAAAGGCUGCAAAUCACAUCUAGUCAACACUUCAUGGGCCUUAUUGGCUUUGCUCAAAGCGGGGCAGGUACAAAGAGACCCAUCUCCUUUGCAUCGAGCAGCAAUGGUGCUAAUUAAUUCACAACUCCACGAUGGAGAUUUCCCACAACAGGAAAUCAUGGGAGUUUUCAACAAGAGUUGUAUGAUCAGUUACUCAGCCUACAGAAACAUAUUUCCAAUAUGGGCCCUUGGAGAGUAUCGCAUUAAGGUUUUGCAGCCUCAUGCAAAAUGCUAGUACCUUUAUAUAUGUGUUACAUGAAAAAAAAAAUUAAAUUGGAAGUCAUGUAUAGGGAAAUAAAAA